AUGCGCAUCCACAACCCCGUAACCACGGCGUUAGUCAUUGCGAACAUCAUCCUCGUCGACGGCGCCGCGCUGGAACUAGGCAAUGUAUCGCGCUUGAACACGAGUUCGUCUGGUGCAGACAUCGAACCGAAUUUGCACGAAACACCUGUGGGCAGGUCCGAGAUCGACGAGCAGAGUGAUGAGGAGAGAUCUGGGGUUUUGCAGAUGCUAGAACUCUUCGAAGAAUGGGCUCCGCGACUAACCGAAAUGUUAUCUGGACCGCUGCCCAGUUCAGAGACGAUCGUCAACCGCUUAGAAUCAGAUAAGUGGGUUAAGAUGUUGAAGAAACUCCGACGAUCGUCCACGGAGCACGACGACAAGAUAGUCGAGCAAAUGACACAAGUGGAAACGAUUGAGAACAUGGUGGCUAUUUUCAAUCACCUUCGACAAAAGGGCUUGAUAACUCGUGCUACCUGGUUUCAACGAAGGCUUUUCGAGAAGACCAGCGCGAAGGAGCGAGGGGCAUUCAUACAAGGGUGGUUGCGAGCGGGGAUGGUGCCUGAAGAUGUGCUGGAGAUCGUGGGCUCUUCGAGCAGCGGACGAAUUUUGUGGCUUCAAUUCUCCAAGUUGUACUGGAAAAAGGUGGGUGCCGAUCCUGUUGUAAAAAUUUUGGAACAACUGCGCACGACUUACCCGGAGGAGCAGGGCUUGAAGUUUGGAUUUUACUUUCAAGAGUUGAUGACUUAUUCGGACCUGAAGAUGCUCGCUGAAUCGAUGCGAGACCUCCGUUUCGAAGAAUUGAUAAGUAAGAAUUUCAAACCCGAUGCGUAUUCGCUAUUCGUUGGAGAUGGCAAAAUCGAAGCGAGCAAAAUGCCCGUUGGUAGCAUCCAAAACCACGCUUACAAAGCCUACUCCAAUCAGUUCUAUGUCGAAGCUGCAAAACGCAGAAAAUUUUACGACGGCGAAGUCCGCCGCCUCAUUAGUGACCUCUCAGAGCGACACUACGAAGACGAAGACACCGAACUUUUGAAAAUCCUCAUGGGUUUGUACAGUGGACGUUGGUUUGACGAGAAAGGACAAGCCAGGCUGCACGAAACCCUAAAACUGCUGCUGAAAGAAAAUCGGUGGUUUGACGAGAGCGAAAAACGCUAUCUGAUCGAGCAGAACGGGAAAAUGUUGGAACGGAAUAAAAGCCUCGGGGACUUCGGCCGUCACUUCAAGUCAGGGAUCUCCACGAUCGAGCGUACCCAUCCUGACCACCUACUCCUAUUUUUGGAGAGCGUGCAGAAUCGAAUCCUAAAGUCGCCACAAGUGCAUGCAGACAAUCAUUUGUAG